AUGAAUGAAGAUAUUUUUCUACCAGAAUGGAUAGAUCAUAAUCUAAACGUUCUAGGAUUCAAAAAUAUAUGUUUAAUCAAUGUUGGAACACCAAUUUCAAUCAAUAUAACAUCUAAAUAUGAUUUGGCCUAUAUGAUAAGCAAUCAUUCAGAUCAAAAUUUUAAUUUAUGUCGAACAUGUUUCAAUAAAACAAUUCGAAAUAAUGAUUUGUUAUUUGUUCAAGAUGUCGAUCAAUAUUUAAAUGUUCAAAAUAAUGAUUAUAUCUACAAAAAUUAUGAUCAAUACGAUGGAUUUUAUUUUAGUGACCUAAGAUUUGGUUAUAUAAAAGAAAAAACAGAAGAAUUUUCUUUACUAUCUACCAAUGUCUAUCGUCGCCCUUCUGAUGGUUUAAAUGAAUAUGAUUCGACUGGACUGCGACAAUUGUUCAAUUGUUCUGUUCGUGGUGGAUGGAAUGCAUGUGAUCAUGGUAGUGGAAAAACAAUGAUCAAAUAUGGUGUUAUACAAAAUUUAGGUGUACAUUACCAUGAGACAAUAAAGAAAACAAAUAAAUUUUUACAUGUUGACAUGAAACAAAUUAGAUUAAAUCAUUAUUAUGUGAGAUCAAAAGAAGACGGAAUUUUGAAAGGAAAUAAAUGGCGUAAACUUGAAUCAAUGUUAGGAAUAAUUGAUAAAAAUAAGUUCUUUACCAUGAUUUACGAUGAUUCAAUUCUUCGAUCAAAACGUUUAAUUUAA